CAAAAGUCUAUGGAAGUAAACGGUAGAUAAAAAUCUACAAAAGCAUGGGUGCGGUUAAGGGUGUGCUGUCAUUUGUUAAAUAUCGUUGGAUCAAUACUCCCGCGCGCAAGGAUGUAGAAAACAUAGAUUGUUGUGAACAAGUUUUGUCCUGCGUAUCUGAAAUGGUCUACCUGACGAUCUAUACCUUUGCGCGCUUACUUUUAAAAUCGUCCAAGUAACUAGUUUGAUGAUUGCAAAUUUUUAUUUCUUUAUUAUAACAAUUAUGAAAGUUUCAUACGCGUACAUGAUAAUUUGUAACUAAUUAAUGUAUUUCGCAUUUAAUUAUUCUGAGAAAUGAUUAAAAUCAUUUAAUAGCUUGUCGUACAGGAUCAUGAAAUUAUUGUUAGCCUGUUAUUCAAUCCUUCGGUUGGCGCGAUGUGACGUCAGAAAAUUCAGGCGCAGAAUCACGCUCCACCAAGCUCCCGAUUACUUACGUACCGUCUCGAUUUUGCGGCUUAUAUUUCGCAAAACGUCUAGAAAUUCGAGCGUAAUUCGGUAAGAUUGAAAAUAUGAUCUGCUUUUGAGGGGAAGCCUCUUUGUGACAAUGGUUUAUGUCUUAAUCUUUUAUUUAAACAUAAAACUUCUCAAAAUGGCAUCUAAAGUAUUAGUUAAAUUACCGACAGUGUCUUUUCCACAAGAUAAAAAGCCACCAUCAGACAUAGUAACAUUACCGGAAAGAAAUGAGAAUUUAAAUCAAACUGUAAGACAUCAAAGCAUUAAUGUUGAUAGAGUUGCUCAGCUUGAGCAAAAUAUGAAAUUUCUACAAGAGCAACAUCAAGCGACGCUAGUUGCUUUACACCAAGAAGUAGAUUCAUUACGUCAAAAGAAUAGAGAUCUACAGUUUCAAUUAGUAUUUUCAAAAGGAUCAACUUGCGUAGCUAGUACUCCUUCUUCCCCUGAAGAUAAUGGAACUGGGUUCAUGAAAGCAAAGGGUAGCCCAGUGUGUGUAAACAUUUCAUCAUUACAGGUGGAACUUUUAGAGAAAGAUCUACAAGAUACUAAGACAUCGUUACAAGAGGCUAAAAAUCAGAACCAAUAUUUAUCUGAGAUCAUUGAACAACAAAAUAAAAAAUUACAAUCCAUUGAAGAAGAAACGGUAAAUAAACAAUCAUCGAUGAUAGACAUAGGAAUACAAGUGGAAAACAAAGUUGACCCAGCUCGAGCUGAAUUAGUUUCGCGUUUAGAAGUUACAGAAGCGCUUGUAAAACGGUUGCGUAAACGGAAUCAGGAUCAGCGGAAAGAAAUUGGAACGUUACAGGAAUCAUCGGCAAAUACAAGCGGUAAUAAAGGAGCCCGAUCUCGGGACAGUCAUCGUAGCCAUCGUAGCCGCGGAUCACCUACUAGUACCGCGCAAGAACAAGCUCCUAAUAAAUUUCCACCAUUACAGAGCCAAAGUUACUGGCAUCGUAGAGCACUUAGGAAUGGAAGGAAUCGACACGAUAAACAAGAUCAUCAGUCAGAAGUAGAUUCUACCGUAUUACCGCAACUUCUAAACGGAAACAUGAAAUCGGACACAAUGAUUUUCGAGUCUCCAUUUUAUCGGUCUCGAGGAUAUCGUAAUUAUUACCGCGAUGAGAGCAAUCGAAAAUAUAGGGGUCAAAGUUCUCAAAAAGAUCGUAGAGAUAGCGAUAACUAUCAUCAUCGACGAGAUUUUAAGGAUAGAAGUUCGAAGGUUCAUCAAAAAGAACUUGCAGACUCAACGGAAGGAUCGACGGAAGCUGAUAAUUCUACCGGUAGUAAAUCAUAAAGUAGAAGCAAUCUGCUAACUGCAUCCUAGACAAAUAGCAGAUUUUCUGUUCUCUACUUACAGGAAAUUACAAAUGACUAAGUAUUAUUAAAAAAGACUCUGGCAGUGCUGUAUUAAUUAAUAAGAAAUGAUCUACGUUUUCUUGUAUUCGCUUUAAUAAGAUAGAUAUCGUCAGCUAACUACAUAUAACUUGCUGUAGAUUAGUCAUAACAUCGGGUUGAGAUUAUACAAUUUUCAGUGUAAAAAUCUAGUCCAAUUUUACUCGUAUAGAUGUCUUAGUAUACAAGUAGAGGUUUCAUGCUUUAUCAAUUAAUAUCAAUUAUACAGUUACUUGUGCUUCUGCAAGACAAACGAAAAUAUGUGAUUAUUCCAUUUUUAUCAAAAGGAGCACAUAAUAAACAAGUAUCUUCCUUCUUGAUAAAAUAAAUUAUGUCAAGUAUGGUAAUGGUAUUUAUGAUGACAGUUAUGAUAAGAAUAAUGAUCAUGAUGAUAAUAACAACAGUGGUAACAGUAGUAAUAUUAGACAACAAAAAUAAUAGAGAUAUGACCAAUAUUUAUACGAUGCUUGUUUCUCAAACUUAAAAUGACCGAAGCUUAAGCUUAAUAUGCAUGUAUGUUUCGAUAUUGUGUAUGUAUGUAUGUACGUGUUUUACACUUUUCCUUUCAGAAUAUCGAAUAAUUAGCCAUACCGAUUAAAUGUUGUUUAUACAAUAAUUUGGUGCAGUUCUGUUUUAAAAAAAAAGGCAACAUAUUGAGGAACUGUUCAGAUCAAGUGUAUAUAGCAUGUGUAUUUUUUUAUAUUUUUUAUUGAGUUUAAGUAAUCAUCUAACUACGUAUACACUGUGUUUCAUAUGACAAGCGUGAGUUAUGAACAGAAAACAUAACUUUCCAUAUAAUUAUAUUUAAGUAUUAUUUAUUGUAAUUGUAAAAAGCUAUUAAACGUACCUUUCUGUUUUCCA